GAAUGAUGCUUGAAGUUGACUUUGACUCCGUCCCGUUAUUGAUUUACAUUUUACUAACCAGUUAGGCGCUAAAUUCUUUCAACGACUUUAAGCCGCAUUGUAUGAAACCGGUGUAUACCUAACUGUAGAGAAUCAUUUCUCCAUCACGUCCACACGUUUUCUCCCAACAAGAAAUUUGUAGUCGUCUUUUUCUUCUCUUCUCACCUAAAAAAAAAAAGAAAAAAAAACAAAUUGAAUAUUCUCUCUCACGCAGAUACACACACUACUGAAUUAUGUCUUCGGCGGGAAUCUUCGGCGGCGGCGGCGGCGCCACCACCCGCGAUCCAAAGCAAUACUUCUGCUAUCAGUGCGAGCGCAACGUCACCAUCGGACCUCCGCCGUCACCGACCGCCGAAAUCUUUUGCCCCGAUUGCCACGGCGGAUUUCUAGAAGAAUCUGACACCGCACCUUCCUCAAACCCUACUGACGCACUUCCUAACCCCUUCUUCGACGAUAGCUUCCCUACCUCCGCCGCCUACGGUGCUCCCCCUGUGAUCUUCUCUUCUUCCUCCGCCGCUCCCGGCGGCACAUCGUUUUCGUUCUCCUCGGGAGGCGGAGCCGGUGGAUUUGACGAUCUUUCCGCGCUUUUCGGCGGCACGCAAUCCCCCAAUGAAUUCAAUCCCCUUGCCUUUCUCACGAAUUACGUCAACAGUCUUCAGUCAAGGGGGGCGAACAUUCAGCUAGUAUUUCAAUCAUCGGGCGGCGGCGGCGGAAUUGGCGGCGGUGGAGCCGAAUUCAGGCUUCCCACUAACUUGGGGGAUUAUUUUGUCGGACCUGGUUUGGAGCAAUUGAUUCAGCAGCUAGCGGAGAACGAUCCAAAUCGAUACGGGACACCACCUGCAUCCAAAUCUGUGGUGGAAGGAUUACCAGAUAUAACGAUCACACAAGAAAUGCUGACUUCAGAUUCAUCACAGUGCGCAGUGUGUAAAGAUAGCUUCGAGUUAAACGAGGCGGCAAAGCAGAUACCUUGCAAGCAUUUAUACCAUAAAGAUUGUAUAGUGCCGUGGCUCGAGCUGCACAAUUCUUGCCCCGUUUGUAGAUACGAGUUGCCCACUGACGAUCCAGAGUAUGAAAACCGAAGGACGAGAGAGAAUGAGAACAGCAGUCAGAGCAGUAAUAUCAGUAAUUCGAGUUUGGAGGCUUUAGACGGUGAUAACAGUAGUAACAACGGUGAACAAACUCCAAUGGCGGCGGCAGAAAGGCGGUUUAGGAUAUCUCUGCCAUGGCCUUUUAGAGGUUUCGGUUCUACAGCUGAGGCGAGCAGCAGUGGGGAAGGGGCCGGAAAUAAUGGAGGGAAUAACAACACCAACAACCGUAACAGUGGAAGAGGGCAGGCGAGAGAGGAUGACCUCAACUGAUGGGCGCUGGGGAUAAGUGUUUAUAAAGAUGCAACUAAGCUGAACAGAAAGGAUACUUACGGAUUCAGAUGAACUAAUCGAUGUAGCAAUUGUAGUGGUAGCUCAUGAAUAAAACUAUGUAGAGUCUGCUAUUUCAAUCAAAUGACAAAACAUACUAAAUUGCCCUGGCAGAGUUUCUGCUCCAAGAUUGUGUGGAUUUAGUAUACAUGUCUUAUUUGUCGCAAUUUGACGUUACCAAACUUGUUAAAUCAAGAAAACAGUGUCCGUAAAACGUUACAUGUAAAUUAUUUUAUGGAUUUUCAUACAUUGUAUUCAGCUUAUAUGUUACGUGAUGCAGAGUGCGAGUGC